ACAAAAUUCAAAAACCCGCCAUAAAAUCAAAAAAAAAAAUCAACAAUUACCAGAGAAAUGAUUUUAUAAUGUUUCAACCAAUGCGUAAGUAGAUUUUUACUGAUUCUCCACUCUCAUUUCAUCUCUUCAACAAAUCCAAUACUCAGUUGCGCUCAAGUGAUGGAGGCAAAAGGGGACCUUCAACAUUCACCAAAAUUAGGGUUUGAAGUGGAAUUUAAUUACGAGGAAGAUGCGAAGUAUGUGUCGAAAUAUAGUGCAAUUCUUGUUGCAACAAUUCAAGAAGCUAAAGAUAAGGUUUCUCAAAUUGAGUAUGUAUUUUGCAAGCAGCUUUACUCUCAUUUCCAAUUGCAAUCUAAAACAUUCCGGAAAAUGUAUGAUGAUAAGGAGAAAGAUUAUCUUCUUCAGAUUGAAAAACUUCGACUUGAGAAUCGGGAAGUUAUGGAAGAGAAUCGGUGUUUGAAUCUGGAGAAGGAAAGUUUGUUAAGUUUGAGAGAGAGGAAUCAGUUAAUUAGGAUUAAUGAGUUAGAGGAGGAAGUUAAGUUGAAGUCUAAGGAAAUUGAUGAGAGUUUGGAGUUGCAGAAUAGAUUGUUGCAACUUGUGCAAACAAAGUCAUCGAUGGUAUUGGAUAAGGGAAAACAAUUGAAAGAGCGGGAGGAGAGAAUUGGUGAGUUGGGUGCGAAAGUGGAUGACUUAGAAAGAGAGGUUGAAGAGCUUAGAGUGGAGAUUAAAGAGAAGACUAAGAAGGUAGCGGAGAAAAAAGAGUUAGCUGAUGGGCUACAUAAGAACAUUAAUUUUCUAAUGAAGGAGUUAGAUAAUAGUACACCUGAAGGAGAGAAGAAAGAAUGGGAAUCCAAGGUGGAGAAUUUGGAGGAUAGUGUUAGUAAACUGCAAAAGCAGCUCGGGGAACGAAUACAAGAAGUUGAGGAGGGAAAUGUAUUGCGAGGGAAUCUAGCUCAACAAAUUGAUACGACUAAGAUGGAAAUUUUAAGGCAGAAAAAGCAGUUGGAGGAGUCUGAGAAUGAAAAGGAACUGCUUGUGAAAAAAGUGAAUGGUUUGGAGCAGCAGAUCAAUGAGCUACAGGAAAACAUGUACCAGACUACUAAAGUGGCUGAAGGAAAGGAUUUACAAGAAAUAUUACGUCAGAAACUUGAAGCGAGAAACUCUCAGUUAGUGGCUAUGAAGAAGAGCCACAGGGAUCUGUUUGAUAAGUACAAAAGUUUGAAGUCCCAAUACAAUUAUCUCUGCGCAAAGUUUGGGCUUACAGAAGAGAAUAUGCUUUGCCGUGACAAAUUAGUAGUUGAAAGUGGCUCGGUCAUGCAUCCACAAAAGUUUCAAAGUUCACCUGAUUUUGAAAGCAAACCUACUGAUACUUCGUCAGCAGCAAUAUUUGAGAUGAAAAAAGUGAAGGUUGAAACUGAAGCCAGUAAUGGUUUAGAGAACGAUAAAGUGGUAAAGGCAAUCCCUAUGUCAAGCUUCCAAUCUCCUCCACCCACUCGUAUUGCUCCAAAAUGCCCUCUUAAUGCAAAAUCUGCUCCUGUCAUUGGUACAAAGAGGCCUGCAUCCCGUUGGAUAGAGACGAGGUCCCAUCAUAAAAGGGAUGGGCGUGACCCUCGCGAUGAUUUCCUUGACACCCCUCUUGAGAACGUCAAAGAAACCUUGAAUAAAGUCACCAAAGUAAAAGUUGAUGAUUAUCAAAUCCCAGCUCACAAAGAUAUACAACCUGAUAGUUCAGAUGAUGAAACACAAGAUAUGAAUGCCGAGCCUGCCCCAGAAAAGCAGCAGAUGCCACUUCCUGUUGCUGGCCAAAAACCAUUCAAGUAUGUUGAACCAGUGAGAAAGAAAGCGGAGCGACAGAAUUUGCAAGGAGUUGAAUGCAAGCAGUGCAAGAAAUUUUAUGAUGCAGUUCUUCCUGAUGGAGGUAAGGGUGCUGAUGGUAAUAACCAGAAUUUCCGCUGUGAGCAUCAUGAUGGUGUUUCUCGGCAUAGGUAUAAGUACAUCCCUCCUCUGACUCCCGAAGGAUUUUGGAAUAUUGGAUUUGAAUCUGAAAUGUGAUUUUCUUGAAUUUGAAACUUAACCGAGCUACAUUGCCUUAAAA